AUGGAAGAAGCAGCUAUACCAGACUUAAAGUCCUAUAGAAGCUUAUCGGAUUUUUUCACAAGAAAAUUAAAGGAUGGGGUGAGAUAUAUAUCCCCAGCUCCAUGUGUGUCUCCGUGUGAUGGUGUAGUUUUAACAUGUGGCACAGCAAACACAGAAAAAAUAGAACAAGUCAAAGGUGUUACAUACAGCUUAGAAGAAUUCUUAGGCGAAAACAAAUGGUCAAAAUUAAAAAGUGAUAGAUACUAUGAUUCUCUAUUGACCAAUAAGGAGAAUGUACUGCAUCAGUGCAUCAUUUAUUUGGCUCCGGGCGAUUACCACAGGUUCCAUUCUCCGUGUGAUUGGACUGCAACGUUUCGCAGACAUUUCUCUGGCAAAUUGUUGUCGGUGAAUCCAUGGCUGGCGAGACUGAUACCAGGUCUUUUUACGAUUAAUGAAAGAGCUGUAUAUAUCGGUGAGUGGAAACACGGAUUCUUCAGUAUGACUGCUGUCGGUGCAACGAAUGUCGGUUCAAUUGAAAUAUAUAAUGAUCCUGAUUUACAAACAAAUACAAAAGGUAAACGUAAUAGAAUUAAUGAAUUAGAACUUGGACAAGUUCCGUUAAAGAAAGGUGAGCUUUUUGGACAAUUUAAUAUGGGAAGUACAAUUAUUUUGUUAUUCGAAGCUCCCAAAGAUUUCACGUUUGAUAUAAAGUCUGGGGAAAAAGUAUAUGUGGGCCAAACUUUAUCUGUGGCAGCUAAAUCACAGACAAGAUGA